AUGUCGAGUGGCGAUGCUAUUGUGUUAAAGGUUCGCUUGGUCGACAAGAAGGUAUUCAAGAAGUUCAAUUUCUUCUCAAAGAAGUCUGUUAGGGACGCCAGAUUACAUAUAUCAAAGGAGUUGGAAGUGGAUCCUGAUCAAUAUGGACUCUUCCUACCACCACGUGACGACCAGAAUGGUAUCUGGUUCCGUGACGACUAUCCAUUGGACUUUUAUGGUCUCGAAGGCGAGAGUGAUCAAAAGGAAUCAAUGAUGUUCAGUUCAAAGGCUGAGGCUCCAACAAUGGAAUUUGUUGAGUUCAAGAAGAGGUUCAGACCAAUCAAGGUUGCCAAAGGUGACAAUCAAUUCAAGACAGUGAUGGUCGAUGACACAAUGAAUGUUGCCGAUGUCAUCAAUACCAUCAUUCCACAAAUAACAACUUCAAGCUACAUCUCAGAGACAGAGUUAUUCGCAAUGAGUGAGGAUGAAGUCGAGGUAUUGUCAGGUGAUAUGACAAUUAGAGAACAAGGAUAUGUUGGAGAGUGCACGACAGGAUUGUUUAAGUCGGCCAAGGGCGAUAUUAACUUGUUUGUGAUGGUGCCAUUCUUGGAGGGAUGGGUACUUCGUAAGCGUGGAGGCAACAUCAUGAAGGGUCUAAAGAAUUGGAACAAACGAUGGUACACACUCAAGAAGAACAAGCUUAUCUAUCACCGAGCCAAAGGCUUUGGCCCAGAGAUGGGUUGUAUAUUAAUGAAGACCGUUCAAGCCGUGCGUCCAUCCAAAGAUCUAACAGACAUACCAUCAAAGUAUCACAAGUCAUGCUUUGAGAUUGUUACACCUGCCAGAACAUUUGUUAUGCUGGCCAACAGCGCAAAUGAGAUGAAGAUGUGGGUAGAGACAUUGGACUUCUCGCGUAGGAUGUUUGCCUAUGAGACACACUUCUUUGGAAUCGCCCAAAAGGGUUCAAGACUGUCAAUGGCCAUUGGUGCUGGAUCAAGCUCAUCAUCAUUGGACCUGUUCAAGGAUGUCGAUCAGGAGGAGUUCAACAAACGUCGCGAACAGGAGGAGAAGGAGAAGAAGCAACGAAUGGAAGAAGAGGAGGCUCAGAGACGCGAGGAGCAGCGACUGGAGGAGGAACGUCUGGAGAAGGAGCGCAUCCAACGCGAAGAGGAAGCCGCCAAACAAAAGGCCUUGGAGGACGAGGAGCACAGACGCCAGCACGAGGAGUUCAUGGAGAAGCAGAAGCAGUUGGAGUUGGAGAAGCAGCGACAGCUGCAAGAACAGAUCGAGGAGGACAGGAGGCUGGACCUGCUCAUGCAGGCCAUGGAGAUGCAGAACGAAGAACGCGAAAAGCUCAAGGAGGAGCAGGAGAAGAAGGAGGCCGAGCGAUUGGAGCAGGCCAAGAAGAUGGAGGAAGAGGAAGAGCUGCUCAGGAAGGAGAUGGAGAGAUUGGAGCAAGAGAGGAUAGAGAUGGAGAAGCUGCAACAAGAGAGAGUGGAGCAGGAGGCCAGACGAAAGGAGGAAGAGGAGCGCGCGGCAGCCGAGCGUCUGCGCGAAGAAGAGGAGCGCAAGAAGGAGGAGGAGCGUCUGGAGGCCAUGCGCAUCGAGGAAGAGGAAAGACGUCUGGAGCAAGAGAGGCUCGAGGAGGAGAACCUGCUGGAGCAGAUCGAGAAGGAGAACCAGGAGGAAGAGGAACGACAACUGAUUGCCAAGCGACUCAAGUCAAUGCAAGCCCGUCUCGAUGGUGUCGGAGCCGAGCUGCCCGAGCUCAAGUUCCUACUCCAAGAUGCCACCGUUUCAACCCCAGAGAGUCUCCUAAUCUCCUGGGCCAACUAUAUAACUGCCGAUUGUAAAUUAAGCAAGCCAUUGAUUAACCUCACCGCGGUCGAGGCUAACCUUGAGAAAUAUACUCAUUUGUUACAUAAAUUGGAUCCAGAGUCCUUCUCCCUGAAAGCACUGGAGCUGGAAUCGAAUGUGGAGAAGGCUGAGCUCAUUGUGCGUGAGCUGAAUGAGUAUGGCGUGCAGUCGAUCACCGUCGAGCAUCUGUUGUCUGACAAUGCCGAGACUCAGUUGAGUGCACUGCUGACCAUCUACGAAGAGGUGGGCGGAAACUGGCAAGACGAGUUCCAGACCCAAGUUGUGUCCAAGCGUCUCUUUGCCACCAAGUACCUCACUCACAUUCUACAGAACUCGCCCAUCGCCGACAAGCUACCUCAAUCACCGUUCGAAAUGAUCAAGGCCAUCUUGGAUGGACAACUACUUUGCCAAUUGAUAAACAACAUAUUCCCAGGUACUUUGGACGAACGAGUAGUCCAGAGGAAUGCCGAGAAACAAUCAACAAGGUCCAACUUGUUCAUCGCAAUCAACGCCUCACGAUCAUUGGGCGCCAAACAUGAAGCGAUCACUGUAGAGAAGUUACAGGCACUGAAUCCAUCCGACCUACACAACAUUGUUUGGGAGAUUGUAGAGUGUUGUCUAUUGCAGGCGGCCGACCCAUCCAAGCAACGCUCACUGUUCCAUCUGAUGAGAGCAGAGACUCGUAACAACUUCCGCAAGUUGGAGACCGAGAAGAUCAUGCUACGUUGGUUCAAUCAUCAUUUGAGGAGGAUAUGCAACCGCCAGAUCAACAACUUCUCGGACGACGUUGAGGACUGCGAGAACUAUGCCUACCUCUUUGAGGCCAUCGCCCCAGCCAUCAGUCGCAAGGACGAGAUACUCAACGAGAGCGACUGGGAGAAGCGCGCACAGAUUGUUUUGGAGAUGGCCACCAAGCUUGGAUGCAUGCCACUGUUGACGCCACGCGACAUUGUCGAGACCGAGAACAGCAAGAUGAAUCUAUUGUUUGUGGCCGACAUUAUGCGCGUCUGUCUGGCAUUGCCAGUCUACAAGUUUGGCAUCGACGAUCAGCUGCACGACCAGGUUGAGAAGUCUAGCGAGCAGAGCAACAACGACGAGGAGCUGCUCGAUUGGAUCAACCAGAUGAAGCUGGGCGUCGAGGCCACCAGUCUGCUGGACAGCUUCAACGAUGGCACACUCUUCUUGAAGGUGUUUGACAAGGUGUUGCCCGCGGGCACCGUCGAUCCCAAGAAGCUAAAGAUCCAACCAAACAGUGUGUUUAAGAAGCUGGAGCUGUUCAACUACACAAUGGAGAUCUGUCACAAGUUCAAACUGAACGUGGCGGGCAUUGCCGGUACCGACCUGCUCAAUGGCGACAUUCGUUCAAACCGUGCCAUCCUGAAUCAAGUGAGACGUUACCUUGGUGACAAGGUCACGAUCGGAGUGGUCACUGCACAUCAGACGGCCGCGCUCAAGUGGGCCAACAGUAAGGUCAACUUUGAGACGACCAAGGUCAAGCCUAUCCAAUCGUUCAAGGAUCAAUUCCUGCAGGACAGCUUGUUCUUCCUCGAGUUGCUAGAGGCACUGCACCCCAACACUGUGGAGAAGGUCAAUGUCCAGGUCGGAACAAUAUUGGCCGAGGAGUUGCUAGAGUCCAAUGCACGAUACUUCCUUACAUUGUCGUGGAGUGUUGGAUAUCCAUUCCAAGUUCUCUGGGAAGAUGUUGUCAAGGUGCGAUCAAAAUGUAUCAAGCAUAUUGUAGAGACAUUCCAAUCAACACAUACUUUAUUGACUGUAGUCAGUUGCAGUCACAGCAACAGUAGCAGUAGCAUCAGCAGCGAUCAACAACAACAACAACAACAGUCUUUGGCCUUGGCCCCUACUACUUCUUCUUCUUCUUCUGAUCUAUCACCAUCACCAUCUCCUGCUCUCAACAACAUCAAUGUUGUACUAAAUAAUCAACCAUAA